CCGAACCAAUUUAAAACGGUGUCUCUUCUUCCUCUCCCCUUAAUCGCUCUUCCUCAGACGCUCAACAUAUCGAGCUUGUCGACUCCGCCAAGGCGAUUCCCAUACGACGAGCUCGGAUCAUCUUGCUUUUAGAGUUCCUCCUCAAUCCCCUUCCGUCGAUUCUUUGAAGCUAAAUCCCGGGUUCCCUGUCCUCGAUUGACGGCGAUGACCUGACAUCUUAGGGUUUCUCUGGGAUAUUUUCUUGCGGAUUCCCGAUGAAGAAGAAUUUGUUCGAUCAUCUGAAAUCCUUGAGUGGGUCGCUUGCUGGACCCCCCAGGGUUGCACCGCUCCCCGUUGCGAGGGUUUCCUCGGAUUCGAACUCUUACGGUAGCUUUGUGAAUUUGAAGCUUACUGCAGAGAAGUUGGUCAAGGAACAAGCUUCUUUGAAAACUGAUCUGGAAUUGGCGCAAACAAAGCUGAAAAAGGCAACAGAGCACAUACAAGUGUUAGAGACCAAAUUACAACAAGCAGUCAAUGAAAAAGCUAAGCUUAAAGUAAAGCAAACAGAAGAUACAAAGCUCUGGAAGGGAUUGGAUUCAAAGCUCUCUUCAACUAAGACAAUGUGCGAUCAGCUAACAGAAACUCUGCAGCGGCUGGCUGAUCAGACUUGUGCAGCUGAAGAAGACAAGAAAAUCUUUGAAGAAAAGCUUGAUAAUAAUUUGAAAGCUCUUGAUCAAUUUGAACUUCUUUUUAAUGAUUUAUCAACAAAAUUAGAGAAUGCAAGCAAUACAAUCAACAAUGAUAAACAAGAGAUUUUGGAGCUUAGGCAUGAGAAAGAAGAAGCGGAGAAAUGUUUCAGGAAUCACUGUUAUGCAACAGACAAUGCAAUGAAGGAAAAAGAUGCUGUCAUCAAAGAAUUAAAUGAGAUUAUUGAAGACAAAAAGGCAAACUUGCAGUCUCUUGAUUCUCAACUGCAGGAGAGACAGCAUGAGUUGAGUCUAAAAGAAGAUACUUGCAAAUCUUUAAGAGCAAGCAUUAUUAAGUUGGAAAAUGAAAACAGUUCUCUCCAGAGAUCCAAUAGAAAUUUUGCACAGGAAAUAGAAAAAUCAUGUCAACAUCUUAAAGAGCUUGAAAAUUCAUUUAGUGGUUUAGCGGCUAUGAUGGUUGAACUACAUAAUGAGAGUGCAGCUCUUGAAAAACACAUUUAUAUGUUAUUUUCUUCACUUGAGGUUUACUAUGAUAUGGUUCAGAAGCAGAAGGAGCUGACCUGUUGGUCUGCUCAGCACAAGUAUGAUCAACUCCAUGAGCAAUUUAAACAAUGCACGAUAGAGAAUGAUGCUAUCAAGUUGGAAAAACAAGAGCAAAAGGACAAAAUCUUGGAGCUGCAGAAAGCCCAAGAAUUCAUUAUGGUACAACAUGCAGAUGAGUGCCGAUUGGCAGAAGAAAAAGUUCGAAUUUUGGAAUCUGAAAUCAAGGAUCUUCUUUCUAAAAAGAAUGAUUCAGACAAAUUGACUAUAGAAUUUGAGGAGAAAGUUAAAGAUCUAUCAGAAUCUCAUGCCAUAUCUGAGGCUCAAGUGAAAUCUCUGUCAGAUAAAAUUUCCAGUUUAGAGAGUGAGAAUCAUAACUUACUGGAUAAGCUGCAGUUGGUGUCACUGGAAGGAGCUAAGGAGGCAGAAGCCCUGCAGAAUGAGAUUUCUAUGCAUCACCAGACUAUUCAGUCAAUUGAAAAUCAUCUCAGCCAGCUUAAAUAUGCGCUAAAUGAGAAGGAACAGCUUCUUACUAGUUCUAUGGAGAGAGAAAAGCAAUUGGAAGAGGAAAAAUCUGAGGUUCAAGCAUUGCUGGCUGCAGCUGAAGCCAAACUCAAGGAAGCAAAAAGACAGUAUGAUUUGAUGCUUGAAGGCAAACAGCUGGAGCUAUCAAAGCAUCUGAAGGAACUAUCUCAGAAAAAUGAUCAGGCAAUUAAUGAUAUCCAGAGGAAGUACGAGAUGGAAAAGUUGGACAUUGUUAGUACUGAAAAAGAAAAGACAGAGAAAAUUAUAAAGGAAAUAGAAAAAGGAUGUGAUGUAAAAAUUGCAGAAAACAAAGAACAAGCCAAGCAAUGCUUGAUGUGUGUCAAGGAGGAACAUGGUAAAAUGAUUAUACAAAUCAAGCAAAAUUACGAGGAGAAGGAAUCAAGUCUCUUGCUCCAUCAUAAGGAAGAGCUGAAAAGGGUUCAGCUUCAGGCCGAAAAUGAAAUGAGAGAGAAAACAUCUUCAUUGAGGAAAGAACAUGAAAUUCAAGUUAAAUCAUUGACACUUCAGCAUGAAGAUGAGUGUAGAAAACUACAGGAGGAAUUGGAGCUGCAGAAGACAAAGGAGGAAAAGCAGAAAGCACUGUUGCAAUUGCAGUGGAAAGUAAUGGGCGAAAAUCAACAAGUUGACCAAGAAGUGAACUCUAAGAAGGAAUUCUCUGUUUCAUCAAUAAAGAUGAGGGAACCGUAUAGUAGAAGAAAACACAAACUUACAUUAACGAGUCCCGAAAGCAGAAGGAAGAAUUUGAGUUUGUCAGGAAUUAUGCGGACACCCAUGGUGAGCAUAAUGAAAAAAGUAGAGGAUGGAAGUCCACAAAAUAUUCCCAAUCACAGAAAGAAGGUAACACGCCAUGAAUAUGAAAUUGAGACUUCAAAUGGAACUAUUACAAAGCGCAGAAAGACAAAGAGCACUGUCAUGUUUGGGGAGCCAAAUACUCAGAAAACAUUACACACCCAGACCCCUAUUACCAGCAAUGAUGUGACAAAUAUCAGGAAGGUAAGUGGAGGAAACCAUCCACAUCCAGCAAAUAUCGGUGAUUUGUUCUCAGAGGGUUCUUUGAAUCCUUACGCUGAUGAUCCUUAUGCAUUUGACUAAAAGUUCACAUCCAAGACAUUUUUACCUUGCUCUGAUGCUUAUGAUGCCAAAAUCAUUGAAUUGGGGUUUGGAUGAAGUGUUAACCAUAUGUCAAUGCACUUCACAAGAGUGCUACCAAAGACACAUUGCUGGCUCCAUCCUACGACUGCUUCCCUGUAUUCGGUACGUUUGAUCUUCACCAGUCUUUUCAUUUAGACCUUCUCUGCUCAAGAAUUCUAUACAUGCCAAAUGACUGCAAGCUGAAUUCACAUGCUACUAUCGUAGCUAAGCCUCGAGCUUAAUACUGUCUCCUUCACUCAGAACUAAACUGGAAUACCUAGUAAGCGCCCAUUACCAUCUCAAACACCACAAGAUGAUAUGGUGUAUCACCCUUCUUUGAUCACUUUAGACAACAUAGAAAAGUUACCUGCAGCAGAAAAGGGAAGAGUUUAUAUGUUGAGUUUUCCGAUUACAAUACCUUUCCCAUGUUACUCAGGUCUGUGAAAAAUAGAAAUUGAA